AUGAACGCACACAUCAAAGGAAUGGACAAGUUUAUCAGAAAGAUUGAGAAGCGAAACCACAUUGCAGAAGGGGACCUUCAGGGACGAGGAAAGCUUCCGUUCGAAAGCCAGAUUGCCAGUUUAACUUCGGCGCAACAUCCCGUGCUGUACAACGCGAGUUUUGGAUGUCAAGUUGGCCAAGUUUUCAACGCUGAAACUCAGACGGAAGCAGCUGAAGUAGUCGAUGUCGGACCUGCUCUGUCGGCAGAGGAACAGCGAGAUGGUGGACUAUCGUGUGGAAGAGACGGCUCGCUUAUUUUGCUAGAUGAAGACAACACGAACGAAGACGAGUCUAUGGAUGACGAGCAGUACCUGGGACACCUUAUUCAAGAAGUUGAAGCUGGCGAGGAGAUUGAGGUCCCACCAAAGAGGGAAGACGAGACAAGUGAACAAAUCAAGAACAGACAAGAAGAAUGUAGGAAUCUCUUAGAAGAUAUUGAUCAACCGGAACAAGUUUUGAGGAUUUUCCCCUAUCGGAUGUACGGAGAAGCGCCGGACGGGGGACGCCGGACGCCGGACGCGAGUGUCGCCAAAGGCGACUUCCAAAGGCAAGUAGAGCAAAGCGAUGGAUCAGGCGAUGAUUACUAUGGACCCUGCAGGCUAUACAAGGAGGCGCCAGCAUUGCAAGAACAAUACGCGGAUCAAUGA